GGGCGGGGGGUAAACUUUAUUUCUCGCAGUCAGAUAAAUGUGCUGUAACCAACUCACCACUGUUUUAAGUCCAUUAAAAUGACAGAAUCAACGUUCAGUCAAGCAGCCAUUAUUAUUAUUAUUUUUUUUUUCAUUUUUGCGAAGCUCGAGCUGUUAAACCAGGAUACUAUUGCAGGGGCAGAAUUGAACAAAAAACAAAACAAAACAAAAAAACACACACUAAAGAAUUACGUUGUUUAAUGCAGAUUAGAAUUUAAAAGUUGUUUAUUUCGUUAGGUGAAAGCUUUAUAAAUUAGUUUGAUUUGUUUGCUAGUUUUUUUCUUUCUUUUUUUUUUUUUACUUGUGUUGGAGAUCUGAGAUAUUUUAACGUUUAGCUGGCUAAUAUUACAAAAGACUUGUGAAACGCAGAUGUACCCAAAGCACAGUCACUAUCCACUCUGGCUUAAAUAAGCUUAAUUUUCACAACAUUAAAGCCUCAAUUUUGUGGAAAGUCUUCGACGGUCGGUCGGCUGCCUCGUCUUUGUCCACCAUUUCCACGACGAGAGGGCGCCGAAAAGACGUCCUAAACCACACAUUUUAUCCACCCAAAAAACAAACAAAACGCCAAAUAAGUCCUGCUCCCUAACGUCAAAGUCAAGUCGCUUUCGUCUGAGCCGAAUAUUUUUAGGUAAAAACACGGGAGGAUAUCUCCUCACGAGGCGCGGAAGAAGGCGGCUGCACGCGCUGCUCCGUAAAAUGGCCUCCCCGGGUCUGCUCUCCUCUCUCGCGCUUCUGGCCCUCCUCCUCUCCGCUGCCUGGUUUUAUAGCGCCAUAUUGGCCGUCUAAUAUAGACCGGCCGGGAUGGGACGGUGCUACACGACGCUACGUCACUGGCUCUACAUAUAAACACCACGCUGUGCUUUAAAUAGUGGAGGAAACCGACGGGGGCCGAGUGGGGAGGGAAGGAAGGAGAAGACCCGAGUUGUCCGCCGCGGACAUCGGGGGCGGCCUCGGCGGCUGGCCGCUCCCGGACCCAGGCUGUCCCCGCAGCGUCGUGGACAUUUUAACAGUGUUUGUUGUCGUGAGCGCUGUUGCUCAGUUCUGGUGGAGUGGGGAUGACACUGGAGGCUCAGCUGCCAUGAUCCAUCCAUACGUUCAUCCUGGCUGUGCCUCCCAGCUGGGACGCAAUCCUAGAUUAUACAGGGGUGUAAUCGAAGAUGUGAUCAACGAGGUGCGGGAGCUGUUCCUGGACGAGGGAGUGGACGAGCAGGUCCUCCUGGAGCUGAAAACGCUGUGGGAGAACAAGCUGCUGCAGUCCAAGGCAGUGGAGGGCUUCCACACGGACGAGCAGGCGUCCCUGCAGGCCACCCAGCAGCAGGUUCAGCACGUCCCGCAGGUCCAGCAGGUGACGCAGCCGACGCAGGCCCAGCAGGUCAUCCUGCCGCCCCAGCAGCAGCAAGCAACCCCGCAGCAAGUCAUUGUUCAGGAUCCGAAGAUUCUCCAGCACAUGAGUGCAACGGGGAUGAGCGCAGCAGCUACUGCAGCCACUCUCGCUUUACCCACAGGGGUCACCCCAUACCAGCAGAUCAUCACCAGCCAAGGUCAGAUCCUGCAGGUGGUGCGUGCCCCCAACGGCACUCAGUACAUCAUCCAGCAGUCCCAGCAGCCAAUCGUUCUGCAGCAGCCGAUGCAGCCCGGUGGCGUUCAGGCUCCCGUCAUACAGCAGGUGCUGGCUCCCCUCCAAGGAGGUCUGCCCCAGCAGACUGGAGUCAUCAUCCAGCCGCAGCAGAUCGUCUUAGCUUCAGGAAACAAAGUCCAAGGCAACACGCAGCAGGUGGUGCAAGCCGCAACCAUGGUGCAGCAGCCCGGUCAGGCGGCGAUGGCGGCGGCCGCUGCAGCAGGAGGGGCGGCGGCGGCAGCGCAGAUCCAGCAGGUCCAGCAGGUCCAGCAAGCCCAGGGCGCAGCUGCACCGCAGGCGCCCCCGCAGGCGCCGCAGCAGAGCCAGCCGCAACCUCAGGCACAGCAGCCUCCCAUGAUGCUCCAGGUGGACGGGGCGGGGGACACCUCCUCUGAAGAGGACGAGGACGAAGAGGAGGAGUACGACGAGGACGAGGAGGAAGAGAAAGACAAGGACGGUGGCGAAGAUGGACAGGUUGAAGAGGAGCCGCUGAACAGCGAAGACGACGUCAGUGAAGACGAAGAUCAGGAGCUGUUUGAUACAGAGAAUGUUGUGGUGUGCCAGUACGAUAAGAUUCACAGAAGUAAGACCAAAUGGAAAUUUCACCUGAAGGACGGGAUCAUGAAUCUCAACGGCAGAGAUUUCGUCUUUUCCAAAGCCACCGGAGACGCCGAGUGGUGAAGAAGCAGAAAGGAAAAGUCAAAAAGAAAAGAAAACAAAAACAUAAAAAAAAAAUUAAAAAAAACUCUGGAACUCCUCCUGUCCAUUUAACAAGACAGUCGAGCAUCCUUCCUUACAUACUCUGUGACUGGAGAGAACUCCUAGAACCCAAAGGAUGGGGAGGUACUGAUUUAAAAAAAAAAAAAAAACCCUGGAUGUCAGCCUUGUUUGGGGGGGUGAAAACACUCAAUCUAGGCCUUGCGGGAUGAGAAACCAAGAGAGGAAGGAGGGAGCGGCUGGAAAUGAAGAGUUUUCUUUCUUCUUUUUUUGUAGUUCCGUCUUCAUCCUCCAGGGGGCUCCUCUGCCCUUUUUUUUUCUGGACAGAAUUCACACUAAAAAAAAAAGCAUUUCACAUGAAACGGGUGUAGUGGACCAGGGUUUGGUGACCCCGUCUGGCCGCAGGAGGACCGAGGUCGUUCACAACAAGCCCAUAGAUGAGAAAACUAAUCUUUCUAAUGCACUGUAGUCGGCUGACUGGGUUGACUCGUGUCUUUGUGGAAGUCCAAACUGAGUGUCACCAGUCGAAUGCGCUGCCUUCUAGAAUGAUCCCAAUCACCUUUGGACCUUUUGGCUUUUGUGUUGUUUUUCUUCUUCUUCUGUUUUUGUUGUUGUCGAGUCGUAGUUUCUCAUCACGUUUAAGUCAAAAAUGGUGCUCCAGAGGGUUUUACUGUAGUUAUUCUGUUAUUGUUUUUUUUUUUUUUUAAGUUAAUGAAGAAUAAGAAAGUAAAAUAACAUCCUUAAAAAAAGUUUUAAAUAAUAUGUCUCCAAUUCAAAUGAAGUUUUUCCCCCUCUUCUUGCUUCUCUGGAGCUUCAUUCCAUCUUUUACCCCUCCGUCCCCCCCAAACUAAACUAAACUCGAACAAAAUUCAUUUAAGAUUUGUAUAAGUGGGAAGUUUGCCAUUUCAGUGGAUUGUCUGCGCUCUUGUUUUAAUUUUCUGCAGCUGUCUAAAAAAAAAAAGAAAAAUUUGCACUGUUAGUUUAUCGAUGUAUUGUGAGGUCAGCCAGUUCCAAUAAUCAAUAAUGGCGUCUUCUGUCCUAUGUGUGUGUGUGAGUGAAAGAGAGCCACUGUGACAGAUUGUACAGAUGUUAGAAGCAGUGUGAAUGUGCGCGCCACUCCUCCCUGGAAGGAAAAUUAGUUUCGUCCCUCCCCCCCACCUUAACGUCAACGCGUCACAGGAAUAAGCGUCGAGGAUGGUGUUCUUAUCUAUUUAUUGCUAAAAGUGUGUGAAAUGUUCUAUUUUUUCAGCACCAAACUGUGCUCUUAUUAUUAUCUCAUAAGUGUUCCUUUUUAUUCUUGAUUUUUUUUUUCUCUUGUUUUUUUUUUUCCAUCUGUUGAUUGAAAGCUACAUGAUGUUGUUGGAAAUCAUUUCAUCCACUAUAUGUUCUCCUGUGCUUUCAUUAUACUCAGAACUUUUAAGAUGAUACGUUUUCUAUCACUGUAAGUUUAACUUUGGGAAGGGGGGGGGGGUUUGUGUAUUUCUGCAAUUUUGUUUUUAGUGCCCCGUCACAGCAGUUUGAAAUAAAAAUGUUUCUCGACUCAC